AUGACUGAAUUUCGUGACUUUAUUGAAGGAAUGGAGCUGUUAGACCUUCUAGCGGUGGGCAGAAAAUUCACUUGGUUCAAUACUUCUGGUACUUCAAUGAGCAGGCUCGACCGAUUCCUUCUAUCGGAGUCUCUGAUUCGUAUAUGGAAUUUGAAUGCUCAGUAUGUUGGUGAUAAAACCUUUUCAGACCAUUGCCCAAUUUUUCUAAAGACAAUUGAUCUAAACUGGGGCCCCAAGCCCUUCAAAUUCUUUAGCGCCUGGUUAAAAUAUGAAGACUUCUUUCCUUUCGUUGAAAAAGCUUGGAAAUCGUAUCGGGUCAGUGGAAGGAAUAUGUUCAUCUUCAAGGAAAAAUUGAAGUUGUUGAAAACAGAUCUGAAAGUCUGGAACAAACAGAUUUUCGGAAUCCUAGAUUUGAAAGUUUCGGAUGCAGUGAAAGAGAUAAAUGAUCAGGACAUGGUGAUUGAGGCUGAUGACUAUUAA